UCUAUCGGUGUAUGGUAUAAACGAUUAAAUUUUUGUCAAAAGUAAAUUAAGUAAUUUUGUGUAACCAGCAAAGAAUUUCUAAAAAUUGGUGCUCCAUUUACGCAUAGAUAAUAAAAUGUUUAGUCUUCAUAACUAGGCGAUAAUGUAAUCUGUUUUAUUAUUAAUAAAUUAUUUAGUUUAUUGCUGCGUAUGGACCGAAAACAAUACUCCAAAAAUUCAUACGAACUUCACGUUCCGUGUUUACCCGCCAAAUUCAAGCGAUAAGUGCCCACAAACCCGGGAAUUCCUUCUUUCACGUAAAAUAGUAAACAGGUUUUGCAUGUAGUCGUUCGUUUUCUUUUGUUUCCAGCCAGCGGAUUUAAGGUCUAUGUUCUGGUGGAGUUAGUUUAAUGCACGGGUAUUUUUCAUUCGAGAAUGUUUAUCCAGUUCGUCAUUCCAUUGGUUGUGGUUGUAAAAGUUGUUUCAAGUCAAGGGAGCUCUCCCUGUCCGGAAACAUUUAUUUACGAACCUAGGAACUCAAAGGAGCUAGAUAGAUGGUACGGAGUGGUUUCUUUGAGAACCGAUGACGAUUUGGAAGGAGUUUAUCUUAAAAUUCAACUGGACCGUCCCGCAGAUCUGUUGGGAAACUGGUUCGGCGACGUAAUCUCCCAGGACAAUGUUCAAUUUUCCAUUAACAAUGCCAAAUACAAAUUGGAGGCCGGCCCACCGGUAUCCGUAAGAUUCUUUGUAAAAUACAAUGCCGCCAGUAUUGUACCGACCGUAAAGAAAAUCUUAUUGAACGGUAGAAGCAUAUGUUCCACUACAGUCAGUCCGGACAGGCGGACGCCAAUCCCACCCACUCUUCACAUAAGUAAACCGGCAACUAGCCCGGGGAAUUUUAGCAACAUGAACAAAAAGCCCGGCAAAGGAAACGGCAAUACCAUUGACCACAAUGGGAAUACGAGGCUUCCAGGUCAGACCAAUAUAAGGGAUGAAUUAGAGAGACCCACUUUUCACGAAGUCCAGAAACCUAAUCGGGGGACCAACAUUGACUCCGGACACAGCCAGAGGCCUACCAACAACGUACUCAACAUCGAGUUCCAUUCGGACGAAGACGGAGAAGACGACUUCUUCUCGGGCGACCUCACCAACGUAGUUAACCGACCCGCUUUGAAUCGCCCCAAUAUUUUGCAAACGCCCAAACGUCCUGGAUGUGGUAUCGUGAACCAAAGAGCCAACGCGUUGGUCAGCCACGGGCAAAACACGUCGCCAGGUACAAAAGGGCAAUGGCCCUGGCACGCAGCACUGUACCACUCCAAAGGCAUCCAGCUGCUAUACACAUGCGGCGGCACUUUAAUAUCCGACAGGUAUAUCGUGACGGCCGCCCACUGCGUCACCAAACCUCAGACGAACCAGCCUGUCAACAAAAAGUACCUGUUGGUGUAUCUCGGUAAGCAUAACUUGUUGACGUUCGGGCCGGAGGUGCAAGAUCGCGCCAUCGAGAACAUCCACGUCCAUCCGCGCUACAACUACAGCGUCUACUUUAACGACAUCGCCCUGCUGGAGCUGGUGACCGCGGUGGAGCUGACGGAUUUCGUGCGGCCUUGCUGCCUGUGGGAAGGGAAUAGCGAUCUGGAAAUUCUGGCCGAUCGCCUGGGCUCCGUCAUCGGUUGGGGUUUCGACGAAAAUCGGCAGCUAUCACGCCAGCUGAUGCAGGCCCAGAUGCCAGUCGUGUCCACCGUGAAAUGUAUCUACUCGAAUCGCGAGUUUUUCUCGCAGUUCACAUUCGAAAACAACUACUGCGCUGGGUUCCGAAACGGCACGUCUGUGUGUAACGGAGAUUCUGGCGGGGGAAUGGUCUUUCCAAGAACUGGAACCAGCGGUGCAGAUACCGUAUGGCAGCUGCGUGGCAUCGUGUCUGUAGGAGUUGCCUUGCAAUCGCAAGGAGUUUGUGAUACGUCGCACUAUAUAAUAUUCACUGACGUCGCCAAGUACUUACCGUGGAUUCGAGAGUUGAUGACUGUCACUAAUUGA